GGAAGUCGGUACAUUAGAUGGAUGUUGGUUCGAUUGGAUCAUCAGAAAAAGAAGAUGGAAAAAGGGCAUCAUUUCUCAUCCAAAUUACUAUCGAGCAUGGCUCAGAAUCAACAACUAAUGGAUUCCCUCACAUCUCACAUCUCCCUCUACCACUCUAAUUCCAAUUCCAAAUCCAAAUCCAAUUAUUGCUCAAAACCUAAUCCUAGGUCCGCGAUCCUGCGAUGGUUCUCUUCUCUGAGCGUCCACCAGCGCCUCUCUCACCUCACCUUCGUGGAUCCAAAGUUCGUCCAAAUUCUGGUCCAGAUGCUCGGGCACAUCCGCACCAAAGGCCAUGGCUCUUUCAUCAUCCUCCCAGACCUCCCUUCCCACGAUCUUCUUCCAAGUCUCUGCUUUAAGAAAUCUCGUGGUUUGAUCUCCAGGGUUGCCCUCUCCGACGCCUCCCAGCGUUCCCUUUUCGACUCCACUCUUCUCUUCGGUUCCAAACAAGACUGCUCUUGCUCCCUCGACUCCCUCGUCAUGGCCGAGGACCUUGUUACCAAUGUGGAUCACUUCGUGGAGACUAUGGACGCUUUAUCCAAUGGCUCCUUUCUGAGAGGAGGGGAGGAUACUACUGAUCUGAGCUCCAAUUGGGUUGAACUUGAUUGGCUCAAAGCCAAAGGCUAUUAUACCAUCGAAGCCUUCAUCGCUAAUAGGUUAGAGGUUAGCUUGAGAUUAGCUUGGUUGAACACCACCACUAGUGGGAAUGGGAAUGGGAAUGGGAAUGGGAAGAAACGAGGAAUGAAGAAGCUUAAAGAGAAAUUGAAUGCUGCUGCUGCCUCUGCUAAUGCAUAUUGGAGGACCAAGGCAUGUGCUGACUGGUGGCACAAUCUCCACCCCGCAACACACAAGCAAAUCUGGACUUGCUUGCUCGGCAAGUCUGCAAAAUCUCUGAUAUUUGAGAUUCUUAGAGAAGCUAAUCAAGCACCCCAGGGAGAUAUGUGGCUCUUCAAUUUUUCUGCAAGGGAAUGUCCUACACAAACUUCUCCACUUUCCUUCUGUGACAUGGUUUUGGAACAAACCUCUGUCUCAAGGAGACCUAAUGCCGUUGCCAGUAAUCUAAGUAGCCUAUACGUGCUUCAACAAUUUUCUUCAUUACUCAUCUUAUGUCAAAAUGGCUCACUUUCAGCACAAACCGUAUUCUUCAGCUCCUUGGCUUCUCUCCCAACUUUGGUUGAUUGUAUAUUAAGAAAACUUCGGGGUUUUCUUAUGCUAAUCUCUGUUGAUUCUGUUAAACGUGAGCUUCUUGAAGAAAAUACUCCAAAGUGUUCCACAAGUUCAUCUUCCAAGCAGACUCCUGGUUCAACCAGCCGUAAACUCAAACGAAAGACUGGGAAUGUGAAAAAGCUAACACCUGAGGCUAAAUCGGUUAGAAACCUAUGUUUGUCCGAAAAGAAAGACCAUGCUAAGUUGGAAUCUCACAAAAACAAAGAUGCGUUAGAAUGCAAGAAAGCUCCUACAUCAUCAACAGUGAUCAAUUAUUCUAAGGCCUCUGCAGCAAAUAUGGAACCUGUCCCAGGAUUGGUUGCCGACACAGGAAGAACAAAAAAGAAAAAGAGAGAAAAGAAUAAGAAUAAAAAGUGUACAAGUUUGGAAAAUACCAGGGAAGUGAAUAAGUCCGUAUUGAAUAGUUCAGCCAUCGGAAAAGCUAGCGAAUGUGAAUCAGAUUGUACUUCUGCCAAUCAGCUUCCUCAGGAACAUAUAGAUGCUAAGAGUAUUGGAGUUAGCUGUGAUAGGAAUGGUUCAAGGAAAGGUGCAUCUGCGAAUGAUGCAGUUGAAUGUGAGAAUUCUGGAGAGGAAGAAUUGAACGGAAAAGCUGGAACGUAUGUGAUUUCAUCAGUUUUGACUUCUACAGAUUCUGCUGGUACUCCAAGCUGUGAUAACGUGAACUCUCAAAAGUCUUGCUGUCCAGGUGAACGUAAAGACAUACUGUCAUCGUCUAAUGGACGAUCCAGAACUCUGGAGGAAGGGGAAUCCCAGCGGAUCCACCAUCAUAGAAGAGAAGCAGCAGGCUAUAGUAUUGCCUCCAGCAGUUCAGAAUUUGUUUCUUAUGAGUGGCCUGCUAUAGCACCCAUGUACUUUCCACAUGUUAAUUCUCACCUUCCUACUGCCACUGAUAGACUGCAUCUUGAUGUUGGUCACAAUUUGCAUGCAUAUGUACGCCAACCUUUCGUGUCAACUGUUCAUCAUGCUAGGAAUCCUUCUAUUGAAGGUACCCACAAACAAGUUCUUCCUCGACCCAUGCCAAUGAGUCUAGAUUGGCCUCCCAUGGUUCAUAGCAAUUGCGGCUUGGCAACAGCAUUCGCUUGCAAUUAUGAUUCUGGAAUUCUUGUGGACAUUCCUGAACAGAAAAAUAAGCCCGAGAUAGGGAAUGAAUGCGAGAAUAAUUGGAUGUUGGAGGAAGAUUUUGAGAUGCACACUGUUUCUGGAGUAGACUAUAAUCAAUAUUUCGGUGGUGGAGUAAUGUAUUGGAAUCCUUCUGAACAUCUAGGGACUGGCUUUUCUCGCCCUCCGUCCCUUAGUUCUGAUGAUAGCUCUUGGGCUUGGCAUGAAGCUGAAAUGAAGAGGUCGGUUGAUGACAUGGUUGCGUUUUCGUCUUCUUACAGCGCAAAUGGACUAGCUUCUCCAACUUCGGCAUCCUUCUGUUCCCCUUUCGAUCCCUUAGGCCCGGCAAACCAGCCUCUUGGUUAUGUUGUGCCAGGUACUGAGAUAUCUACUAAAGUACUGCAAGCUCCCCCAACAAAAAGUGAGGCUGCAGGUGAAGAGGAGGUCUCUGGAACUUUGACUAGUUUAUCAGGGGAUGUUGAAGGAACUUCAGGAGACUCUUUUCCUUAUCCAAUUUUACGGCCUAUCAUCAUCCCAAAUAUGUCAAAAUCUGAAUACAAGCGUAGUUAUGAUACCAAAAGCCCAAAUGUACCACCUACAAGGCGCGAGCAUCCUCGUAUAAAGCGACCACCAUCACCUGUAGUACUAUGUGUUCCACGUGCUCCUCGUCCACCACCACCUUCACCUGUGAGCAACUCCAGAGCACGGCGAGGUUUUCCAACUGUGAGGUCUGGAAGUUCAAGCCCAAGGCAUUGGGGUAUGAGAGGUUGGUUCCAUGAUGGUGUAAACUGGGAAGAACCUUGUGGAGCGGAGGUUGUUUUACCCUGGAGGAACAAAAGCCUUGCAGUCAGGCCAAUCAUUCAACCUCUACCUGGGGCCCUCCUUCAAGAUCACUUAAUUGCAAUGUCGCAACUAGGCCGAGAGCAGGAGCAUCCUGAUGUGGCCUUCCCUUUGCAACCACCCGAGUUAUUGAACUGUCCAACCCAAGGGGAAUCUCAAUCAUUGAUACACGGUCUUCUGAAGGACGAGAUAGAUUCUUUCUGCAAGCAGGUUGCUACUGAGAAUAUGUCUCGCAAACCUUAUAUCAAUUGGGCAAUCAAGCGGGUUACCAGAUCUCUCCAAGUUCUCUGGCCCAGGUCUAGGACGAACAUAUUUGGCUCAUCUGCAACUGGUUUGGCCCUCCCUUCGAGUGAUGUGGACCUUGUGGUUUGUCUUCCUCCAGUGAGAAACUUGGAACCUAUCAAAGAGGCAGGGAUUUUGGAGGGUCGCAAUGGUAUAAAGGAGACAUGCCUUCAGCAUGCAGCCAGGUAUCUCGCUAAUCAAGAGUGGGUAAAAACUGACUCCCUGAAGGCGGUUGAAAAUACAGCUAUUCCAAUUAUCAUGCUUGUUGUCGAAGUCCCUUGUGAUCUGGUAUGCAGUCUACAGUCACCAAAAGAUGGCCCAGACUGUAUCACCGUUGACCAAGACAACAAUAGUAACACUGAUACGGUUGAAUUAGAAGACUCUGCAGCAGCAAACUCUUUGCCGACUAAGUCUGGAAACUUGGCAAAUGCAAAAUCUGUCCGUCUUGACAUCAGUUUCAAAACUCCAUCGCAUACGGGUCUUCAAACCACACAAUUGGUGAAAGAUCUGACAGAGCAAUUUCCAGCUGCGACGCCACUUGCUUUGGUGUUAAAGCAGUUUUUGGCUGAUCGUACCCUGGAUCAAUCAUACUCCGGUGGAUUAAGCUCUUAUUGCCUGGUUUUACUGAUUACACGUUUUCUUCAGCACGAGCAUCAUCUGGGGCGCUCUAUCAACCAAAACAUUGGGCGGCUACUCAUGGAUUUUCUUUACUUUUUUGGUAAUGUUUUUGAUCCUCGGCAGAUGCGUAUCUCAGUGCAAGGAAGUGGUAUCUAUAGGAAUAGGGAGAGGGGUCAUAGUAUUGAUCCGAUACACAUCGAUGACCCUCUUUUCCCAACAAAUAAUGUCGGGAGAAAUUGCUUCCGCAUACAUCAAUGUAUUAAGGCAUUUUCUGAAGCUUACUCUGUUUUAGAGAACGAGCUCACAUGCAUUACUAGUUCUACUGAUUCGUGCGAAAAACAGCUAUACAAGUUGCUUCCGAAAAUCAUCCCAAGUAUCAUUUCAGCUUAGGAAUCGACUUGGUAUUUUCUUAAAGGUGGUCUACAACGUCUGGAAGUUUGCAAAAUUCUGAUUGAUAAAUGGUGUUAAUUGCAACUGCCCUGGUUAUUGUGGAUUCGAGUCCAAAUUGUUAUUGAAGAUAGGCCUCCACAAGUACCAUAUUUGCUCACAUUGUGUUGUUGAUGUAAGAAAACUACAUGCAUAGGCUUGGUCAGCACCCUCUAACUAACCAAGUAAGAAAAAUGCACUGGUUGAAGAGAAAGAGCUGCAGAGACAUAUAAAAGUUUCAAGACUGGGACAUUAAAGAGCUGACUGUAAACACGCCUGAGCGGGGGGAAAGCUUGGGAGAAUGGUUGAAUCACGGCUCUGAUCUGAAGGAUGAUGUCGCAACUUCAGAAACUAUUGAUAUCGAAGCCGUUUUGGAGUGAAAUCGAAGCCUCUGUAUGAUGGCAACGUUCCUUUUGUUCCUUCUUUUUACUUGAACUUUUUGUUCCUUCUUUUGACAAAAAAAAAGGAGAGUAUAGAAUACACUUCGUUGUGCUUCUAAUUUCCGCUGGGAAUCGGGAGGAGUUCGUGGAUUUAGGGCUGUUGAAUCUUUCAACGUUGCUAUUUUAUUGCAUUCUUCUGACUCGCAUAGUCACGCAGAAUGAGCAAGAGAUGGGCGGAUUCAGUCACAACCACUGUUCAAAGUUCAAACUGUUGUAAUGUAGUCAUACAGCAAUCAUACAAUAAUAAUACUUGGAACUGAUAAUGGGCUUUAAUUCAGCCUAUCUCGGCCAGAUUCCCCUUCCGUAAGGUAGGGCAGUGAGCUGGUCCUCUGACCAAUUCUGUUUCAAUAGUGAUCUCUCAUUUGUUGUCGGUGUGAAAGGAAUCGUCUUUUCCUGCGACUCAUUGUUUUAUAGCCACCACAUGUGACAUCUUUUUUUU